AUGGCUCCAAGCUUGGACAUUUCAGAUUGGUGGGUGAAGGAAACACAAAAGGGGACCCCAGUUAUCGUUACAACGAAGAACCACAACUACUCGGUUGUGGAAAUCAAUAGCCCAAACACUGCAUUCCAGCAGGUCGAUAAGGACAGGGGGAAGAAGGCCAAACGCUUGGAUCUAUUCGCAUGUGAGGAAGAGAAAAUUCUUAAUGAUGUUGAACCAAUUUUGCUGUCGACAAAACGAACUCUGCAUAAUUCUAGCUACAAUGACGGUGAUCGGCUAUUAGAUGAAGAUCAGUCCUGGGUACUCAAUAAUGUUUUUCAGCACCAUCCUAACAAAGCGACAAAAAUGGGUGAAAAGAUUGACUAUGUCACAGUUGGUAAGCAUGACAAAUACCAAGGUACCAGGUGCUUUUUUGUUAUCUCCACAAAUAGUUUUAGAGCGGAUUUCUCUUACCUCAAAUGCCUGAAGAACUAUGUCAAGGAGAAGUACCCUGAUGGUGUUAAAGCCUUCAACCAAAAGUAUUUCCAAAAGCGCCGCUUAAAGGGCAUGAACCAGCAGCAAACGGGCAUGAACCAACAGCAAACACAGUAG